GUUGAUACAAUCACCACGCCUACUCACCAGUCUGCAAAUACAUAAUACUUAUCACCACAAUGGCACCCACACAGCAGGCUGCGUGGAGGAAAGCUCCCACUGCAGAGGAAAUUGCCAAUCGCCAGACUGUUGGCAUCAACAAGGAAACCGUCACAAACAUCACCUCCACCGAUUACCCAGGCCAUCACCCCGGUGAGGACCUCGCAUUUACGCUCGAUCGUUUCCGCGAUGCCUUUUCCGUAAAUUUCCACCAGAACGAUCAGUUCCUCGCCUCUUUCUCUCUCGUCGGAAUCGACGCUUCGCUCGCAAACGCUUUUCGACGUAUCCUACUCUCCGAGAUCCCCACCCUCGCUAUCGAGAACGUCUACAUCGAGAACAACACUUCUGUCAUUCAAGAUGAGGUGCUCGCGCAUCGUCUUGGACUCAUUCCUUUCAAGGGUGGUCGUGAGGGCCUGCACAACUUCCUUAAGUGGCACAAGAAGCCAGAGGCUGGCGAGGACCCUUAUGCCGGCUGCUUCGACUGGAACACGGUCCGCCUCGAGCUGAACGUUACAUGCACCGUCAACGAGGAUGCUUCGCCCGGUGAGAAUGAUCCUCUCAAAGCCUACCAUAACGCCCACGUUUAUGCGCGCGACAUCGUCUUCGUUCCCACUGGCAAGCAGGUCGAGUACUUCAGCGGCGAGGACGCCAUUGCGCCCACGAACCCAGACAUCUUGAUCGCCAAGCUGCGACCCCGACAGACCAUUAACCUCGCCAUGCAUAUGCACAAGGGCAUUGGAUCCGACCACGCCAAGUUCUCUCCUGUCGCGACAGCCUCCUACCGUCUCCUACCUACCAUCACUAUUAUUAAACCUAUCUUGGGCGCUGAUGCCGAAAAGUUCGCCAAGUGCUUCCCCAAGGGUGUUAUUGGCCUCGAAAAGGUCACGGCCGAGGAAGCUGCUCAAGCUGGUAGCGGUUAUGAGGGCCAGGAGGGCGAGACCAAGGCCGUGGUUGUUGAUGCUAUGAAGGAUACUGUCAGCCGAGAGGCUCUACGACACAAGGAAUUCGAGGGUAAGGUGAAGCUUGGCCGAAGGCGAGAUCAUUUCAUCUUCUCUAUCGAGAGCACAGGGCAGUGGGACAGCGAUGAGCUUUUCCUCGAGUCAGUUAAGCACCUCAAGCUCAAGUGCAAGAAGCUUGAGCAGCAAGUUAUCAACAUGGCGAGGUAGCCUACUACAACACAAGGAGAUUUUGGGCUUGUUCGGCGCAGUAUCAUAAUUUUUGGGUUGAUUUGUUUUCUGCGGUCUCUACGGUUAGAUAAAAAGGAAUGAUACCAUGACCACA